AUGGCCACAUGUAUAUGCGGCAGAGGCGACACUGUCGAGGCCCUCACCCAUGUCCUCGCCCAGCAGCGCCGGGCAGCGGCGAGCCCGCGGGGUAACGCGGCCGUGGCAUCGGUGUCCGCCGGGACGGGACCCUCGAGCGAGGCGGCGGCGGCGGCGGCGGCGAAGGGCAUCCCUUCCCCCCCGCCGCAACCCUUGAGCCAGGACGACUUCGCCAAGGUCAGGGCGGCGGUCAUCGAGCGCGACGGCUGGUCUAAGCCCUCGCCCUUGUCGCCGCUCGGGGCCGGAGGCGCCGCCGCCGCCGCGGGAUCGGCCGCUUCGUCCCCGGUCGCGCCGAACUCGCCUUCUACGACGGCGCAGAAGUACCAGCGGCAACCGCGGUGGGGCUCCGCGGCCGCCGCGGUCGCGGGCGCUUCUCCUUCUAGGGGCGAGGCCUCCCGCGGGACGACGAUAGACCAGAGGCUCUUCGCGCCUGUGCUUCGCGCGAUACUUGCCGGGGAGGGGGACCACGUGCUGCGGCGGUCGCUCCUGUGCCACCCAUUCCUCAAGGCCGCCACGAAGAGCGGCGGCACGUCGGCGGCCUCCGGCGCCGGGGGUUCGUCUUCAUGGGCGGCCGGCGGCGCGGCGGCGUCGAGCCCCCUAGGCGGCGGCCGGCGAAAAGACGGGAAGGGCGGCAAAGGCGGCAAGGCCAAGAAGCGAGACAGGGACCGGGCGAGCAGGAACCAGGAUGAGGGGCAAGGCUCUCCGUCGUCGUCGAAAGGGGGAGGUGGGGGGGCGGUGGAGCGGUUGUCUCCGCUGGACGUCUCUCGGGAGAUGGGCCGGCUGGCCGAGAGCGCCGCUUCGGACGGGUCUCUGCAGUCCACCCUCAUCCUCGUCAAGACCCUGCUGUGUGCGGUCGACCCCGGGACGAAGGCUUCGGUGCUGGGCAUCGAUUCCCCCCGCAGACGAUCGCAGCAACAGCAUCAGGGCAGCGGCCGAGCGGGUCGCACGCCGGCAUCGGCGGUGGGGCAGGAUACUUCGGCGCCUUCCACCGAACCGACGCUCAGCACGGAACCUCUAAAGGCGCUGGCGGGACCCGGGCUGUCCGGCUGGUCCGACAUGAUGGAGCUGCUGCGCCGGGAGAAGUAUCGCGAGCGGAUGGUCGCUCUGCGGGGCCGACCUAGCCUGACCGUGUGCGCCGGGAAGGCGGAGAUGAGAGGGCGCCUGGAGGCGAAGGGCGAGUCUUCCGGAGUGGUAACUGCCGUGCGGGUGAACCAACGCCGGCGCUGGUACUACGAGGUCACCCUCGUCGGUGCCAGCAAGGACACGCGGGUGGGCUGGGCGCGCUGCGGCGGCGCGUUCAGCGUGGGUGUUUCUUCCGACGACGAAGAGCAGGGCGGCAAAGGAAAGCGCGACGCGGCGGUUCCCAAGCUCGGCCACGGCAGCGACUCCUGGGGCAUCUGCGGGCACAACCAGGGCAGGAGCUACCACCAGGCGGGACGCCUGCGCGCGGAGAGGGUGGAAGCCGCCGCAAAGGCGCGCCGAGAUCAGCGCAGGAAGGAGAAGGCGGAAGAGGAGGGCGAGGACGCGGAAGAGGAGCGGUCCGAGCGCGGCACCGCGCGGGCCGGGGAGGGCGAGGGCUGGGGGGGCAGCGAGAGCGGCGGGGACGCAGAGGGAGCGGGGGACGACCAGGAGGAGGAUACGGCAGACUCGAUCUUCCUCGCCUUGGGUGGUCUCUUCCGCGACACGUCGUUCACCGUGGACCAGGAAAGGGACGACGGGGGGAAUCCUAUCGAGUACGUGCCGGCGUCUGCGGCGUCUGCGUCUGCGGCGUCUGCGUCUCCGGCAGCAUCGUCGCCCGCCCCGCCCGUUCCACUGCCGGUGCCCCCGGUCUCCGCGCGGCUUAUCUCGACGCCGCCGCCGCCGACCCCACCACAAGGCAUCGGGUUACCGUCUCCGUCACAGACCCCGCCCCCGCCCCCGCCGCCACCGCCACCUCUCCCGUCGGCAACGCCGUCGCGUGGCUCGGCGGGCAUGAAGCUGCCCAGGUCGUCGAUUUCUAGGGAGUCGGACUCGCCGCUUCGCCCGUGGGGGGCCGGGGCGGUGAUCGGUUGUCUCGCUGACCUCGUCGACACGGACGGAGACGGAGGGUCGGCGGAGGAGGAAGGGAAACAGGGCAGGGUGAAGCUGCACUUUUUCCUGAACGGACGGCCGGUCAACGGCAACGUGUCCGUGCCGAUAUUUUCCGCGGCGAUAGGGGAGGAGGAGUCCGAGGACGAGUGGGCCUUGUGCCCGGCCUACAGCUGCGGCAGCGCCUCCGACGGGGUGAACAUCAACCUCGGCGGCAGCCCGUUCCAGUUCCCUCCGGACGGGCUCAUCGCGACGUUGGGCACCCCGGGGGAAGGCGGGGGCGGUGGUGGAUCCGGAGGGACGGCGGCUUCCGCGGUGGCGUCCCCGUCGUCGAGCGCGGCCACCAGCAGAGAGAAACGGUCGCGCUACGGCGGCUCGGCGGCGGCGGCUGCGGCGGCGGCGGGGUCCGAGGUGGACUGGACGCCCCGCGAGAUGCUCCCGAAGGCGGCGGAGCGCGCCCUCGGCUCGGCGGCUGCGGCGGCGAUGGCGGCGGGGUCCGAGAUGGACUGGACGCCCCGCGAGGUGCUCCCGAAGGCGGCCGAGCGCGCUCUCGAGGCGGCUUUCGGGCUGGAGCAGGAGGGGAGAGCCUCGCCGUCGCCGGCUAGCGUCCGCCGUGGCGGUGGUGGCUUGGGUGGCGGCGGCGGCGAUGGUAGAGAGGUGGGGUCUCCCCGAGGCAGCGGAAGCAGCGGCGGUGCUCGUACCAUGGCGGAGGCGCUGCGGAGCCCGUCCAAGAAGCCGUCGUCCACCGAGUUCGCUGAGGCAGCCGCUGCCGCUGCCGCUGCCGCCGCUGGCGGAAAGCAAGGAAGAACGAAGGGCAUCGUCGGUGGAGUCCUGGCGGUCAAGGACGCCGAGAUAUCCCGGUGCGUCCGGUUCGGCGGGCGGGGAUGGGCGGUGGCCCGCCGGCCGAACCUCACCGUACAGGCGCUGGACGUCUUCCUGCUGGAGGCGCUCAUCCGGCCUGCUGCGAGGGAGUCACAGCAGCAGCCGAAGACGGCGGAGCCUGGGGGGCAGGGGGCGGCGGCGCGCUGCGAGGAGGAGGAGGGGCACGAGUCGGUCGUUCUGAGCCAAGGCGGACAGGCCGGGUUUUGCCUGGCCGUCCGGGGCACGACGGCCGUUCUGCGGCUGCACGGGAAGAACGUCGGGGAGGAGGCGAGGCACGCUACCCCCGACGGCGUCCUCCCCGCCGAGGGCACGUGGUUCAAGCUCUCGGCGGCGGUGGCUAGGGACUCCUCCCAGGGCAUGGAUAAGGUGAUAUUCUACGUGGAUGGCACCGCCGUUCACAAGUCCACCCUACCAAGCCCCGGGGGGAGACGAACGCCCGUGUCACAGUCGCCGCAGCAGCAUCGGCAGCAGCAGUCCGGCCCGAUAUUGAUAGGCGGCAGGCAGAGCGAGGUUGCCGUCGCCGAUCCCCCUCGAAACGCCGACGUCGAGGACGCAGCAGCAGCAGCAGAGCCUGCCGCUACCCCAGAAAGCAGCGGGGCGCCGCCGAUAGGAGCGGCGACGACAAACCAGGACGGCUCGGUCACCGGGCUCUUCACGGGGGAGGUCGCGCAGCGCACGGUCGGCCGCUCGGCAGUCCUCGAAGCGGACGCCACCCUGGUGGUCCUGUGGAAGGCCGACGAGGGCGCGGGAAGCGUCCUCCGAAACUCGCGGCCGCUGCACCCGCCGAAGCCUGCCCGAGGCGCCAAGACGGCGUUGAGUCGCGGCACCAGCGGUGGCGGCGGCGGCGGUACCGGGGCCGAGGGCCACGCCGAGCUCGUGGGCGAGUGGGCGUGGGUCCCUUGCUUCGACCCGGAAGACUACGAGAGUGUUGCCGCCGCUGGUGCCACCGGCGGCGAGGGCACGGCUUCCGCCGGUUCUCCGGCGGCCGUGCCCAACUUCGCCGGCGCUUCUAUCGGCACCCCGAGCUCCUCUUCUUCUGCCGCUCACAGGUCAGGGCGGCAAGCGGGAGGCGGGUUCGCGGGCCUGAUUGAAGGCGGCGGGGCGGAGACUGACCUCGCGAGGUCUCUGGGGUGGAGGUCAGUCUCCACCGCCGGGGACGAGGAGGAGGAGGAGGUGGAGGAGGAGGAAGAGGAGGACGGCGGCGGGGCGUCAACCGAGGGGAAGGGAGGGGAGAAAGGGCGAGCGGUCUCCUCCUCGGCGCGGUCUUCCGCUUGUGCGGAUGUCGGCGCCAACGCCACCGCUGCCGGGGCAUCGGCGGCGCUGAGCGCGUGCGCGGCUAUCGAGCGGGCGGGUAGCGGCGGAGGCGCUCCCAGGCUGCCCCCGAGGAACGCCCUGCUCGGCGUGCUGGGGAAGCUGUUCCAGCAGUGCUCGGUGUACCUGGAGCCCUGCUUGGGAGACCCUCUGGUGGAAAGCACGCCGCCGCCGCGCGGGGUCCGGACGGAAGCCAGGGUUCAGCUGCAGCUGAUCCGGAGGGAGGAGCGAGCUCUCAGAGCGAUCGUGCAACCCGAGGUGCGCACGUACCUUCUCCUCCGGAGCAUUCUCUGGCAACUAGCAGCAAUCGCUGAAGGUCUGAGGCCUGAUCUCGACGAGGACGACGGGGCUUGGUCCUCCACGAAGGAGAGCGGAAGCAGCGGUGGCAGCGGCAACACGGCCGCCGCCAAGCAGCAGCAGAGGGAGGCGGCGGCCAACGACCCCGGGUGCUGGGGGCCCCGUGACAUACUGGUCGCCGGCCUGUGCACCCUGCGGCUGCUCCGGGCGAACAUGUACUACCUGUGCGCCGCGGGCGUGUCGCCGGGGACGGUCGGUCUCGGGACUUCUAGCGGCGGCUCUUCAUCGGGGGUGCGGCGGGAGGGCGGGGUGGAUCAACGCAGCCCGUUCGCGUCGGGUCUGUUGUCGCUCCUGCUGGACUACUCGGGGGGUGUCUUGGACGUGGUGCCCGACGGGGAGGGGGGCGACGCGGAAGAGGAACUGGAGGGGGGGGAGGAGAUGGACUCCCUGAGGCGCGCGGUGCGGUACGAGGCCGCGGAGGUCGUGGGGCAGGGCCUCGAGGUGUUCCUGCCGGAGGCGGAGCAGAAGAUCGGCUUUCUGACCGCGCUGUUCCGCCUCGGGCUCGGCGGGGAUACCGACGCCGAGCAAGGGGAGGAGGGCGGCGAGAGCAAGGUUGAGGGUGAGCUGGAAGAGAGCAAGGGUUGGGGGCAAGGCGGGAGCCGUCGUCCCUCCAGCAGCGACGACGUCGGCGUGGCCGCCGCCGCCGCGAUGGCGGACGGCCCGCUGCCGGUGGACAUGGACGAGGAGGGCUGCGCGGCGCUGAUUUCGGGGGUAUGCAACGCCGUCUGCACGGACUCGAACCUGCUGCUGUCGCUCGUCCCCGAGGCGGUGAGACCGGCGCUGACGACGCGCGACGUGCCGUCCUACGUGGCGGCCACGGUGCGCUCCGCCGAAAAGGCGCAGGCGCAGGCCCUGCAGCAGCAGAUGCUGAAGGAAGCGGCCGCCGCUGCGUCGUCGACGACCAACCCCGGUGCCACGACGCCCAGCGGCGGCGGGGGAGGGACGCGAGGGUCCACAUCCUCGCCCAGGCUCACGGUGCCCCGUGGGCGCGGGGUGACGCGGGAGGAAGGGGACGCCUUCGACCUGUGGAAGAGCGGGCCGAAGGUAGAUCUCCCGCGCGCCGGAGAUGUCGUGGUUCGCGGCCCGGACUGGGCGUGGGGCGAGCAGGACGGAGACGCCGCUGGGCGCGGGCUCGUGGUGGGGCUCGCGACGUGGGGCCAAGCCGCUCGAGCUGGCGGCGGCACGGGCAGAGGCGGUGCCCAUGGCGGCGGUGGCGCCGAGAGCGCCGGCAGCACUAGCUGCGCCGUGGCCCCCGCCGAUAGGAACGCCGUCCGCGUGAUGUGGGAGAAGGGCGCGAUCAACGUGUACCGCUGGGGAGCCGCGGACCGGUGUGACCCCGCCGGGGGGAAACUCUGCUACGACCUCAAGGUGUUGCGGGCGCCCGUGCUCGCCCCGGAUGAGCCGCCGCCGCGAGGCGAUGGGGCCGCCGGCAGCGGCAGUGACGUCACCGGGCGUAAGGGGGGGGCCGGGGGAAAGACCAAGGGGCAGCAGUCGCAGGGUGGCGGGGGGGGAGCGAAGGGCCGUUCCGGUCGCGGGGAGCUCAAGUGGUCGGUCGAAGAGGUCGAAACCGCGCUGCUGCCGCUAGAGGGCGGAGGGAGGCGCGGGGGGGGUGGCGGCGAUGUUGGUGCGCCGACGACGAGGGAGGUGCUGCGGUUUAUCAAGAACAACGCCCCGCAGGAGUGGAGAGAGCCGCGGCGCAUCACCGGCGCGGAGAAUGCUUUGGUCAAGUCACACAAGCCUGAGGCCGUGGUCCGAGCCUACCGGGAUUUCGUGGAGAGCUUCGGGAACAAUUUCAUGGCGCCGCCGGCGCGCGGAGGGGCGAAGGAGAACCGCGUGACGCCCAAAGAUGCGGCCCAACACAAGCGCACCCAGCAUCUGUCUGAGCUUCUUCGGCUGCUGUUGCGCGUGACGCACCACUUGGGUCGCGAGGGCAACGCCGACCUGCCGCAGCGGCGGCCGCGGAGAGCCAGCAUCUCCUGGCAGGCGAGGGGCGGCGACGAUACCGGUUCCAGGCGGCUGUCGGCCGCGAGGCCGCCCUCCAGGGCCGACGGCGACGACGACGACCAAGACGGAAACGAGGAGGCGGCGGGCGACUCCGAGUGCGGGGUCUACCUACCGGAGACUCUCGACGCCGCCGUCUUCCUCCUCUCCAGGCUGCAUUCCGUCAUGACGCGAGCGUGGGACCCUACUCCGACGGCUGCCGCGGCCGACAACGACGCCAGCAUGAUCGCGGCCGCGCUUGGCGGGAGGCCGAGCGCGAUAAGCAGCGUCGCCAGCGAGUACGGCGGAAGCGCGGUCCCCGGUAGUAGCGUGGACGAAGGCGAUGACAGGGACGCCCUGGCCGACACCUUCAUCGGGUCCACGAGAAGGCCGCGGAAGUGGGACUGGGUCCGGUGCUGCCACUCGCCGAUAAACCCGGUGCUGGCCGCGGGCGGCGGGAGGGGCGGGCCCGGGCACGCCGGCGGCAACGCGCAGCCCGUCGUGGCGCCGGUGGCGAUCGACCCCGGGUUUUGCCACCGGACGCUCCGGAGCCGGGAGGAUGGGUACGCGGCGCCGAGGGGUAUCGCCGGAAGCGCGCUGGGAGCGGCCGUCGCCGGAGGCUACCGCAGCCUGCACUCCUUCCUUGGCGGCGCCGGCGGCGGCGGCAUCAUGGCCGGCAUGGCCGGCGGCGGGGCCGGGGGGGGAGCCUACGCCGCGCAGGCGCUGCCGUUGGGUUACCCCGACCCGCUCCUGAUGGACCAUUCCCGCGCCGCGUUGCGGAUGGCUGCCGGGGUGCUGCGCGAGGCUGGCCAGGGCGGGGGCGAGACCGGCGAGACCGGCGGCGUCGUGGCUAGGUUAACGGUGGCGCUCCAGCACCCUCUCCUGAGAGGAGGUGGCCUUUUGUCUCCGAUAUUGGCAUCCUUGGCUCAAUGGCACCUGGUGGACAACCCCGAAGAGGGGUUAGGCUUAGACUUGACGGAGGCUCUCAAGGCGACGCUGAGGGAGGCGGACAGCCUCAAGCGUGCUCUUGGACAGGAGAUCCUCACAGACGAGACGAAGCGGUGCAUGGUCGGCCUCAACCGCCUCCAGGUGGUCCUGGCCUGCCUCGCAGGCAAGCUCUUGGGCGCGCUCAUCAGCGGCGGGAUCGGCUCUCUCGACGGUGGCGAGGCCCCCAACGACCUCCACGCGGAGGUCGAGGCCGACGUCCGGCGGAGAGCGGAGGGCGGCGCAAGCGCUGCCGCGGCGGCAGCGCUCCUCGGGCGCCAGCGGCCGUCGCCAACGUCGACCGAGGCCGCAGCAGCAUCGCCGUCCGCCGCCGCUCCGUCAAGGGCGACGAGAGUUACCGGUGCCGGCGGCAGCGCCGGAGAACAGGGCUGGCUUCAAUCGCCGUUGCUUGCGAACGGGAUAGUGACGGCGCCCGCCGCCGCCGCCGCCGCCGGUGCCGUUGGCUCGGGUCGGGGCGGCGGUGCCCUCGCCGCGGGGAUGGUGGACGAUGGGAACGGAGGGAUGGGUCCCGCCGGCGCCGGCCCCAUCCAGGCGUUCCUCAGGGACCUGGUCGAGGGUGUGCCGGGGUCGCCGGCGCUCGCGCUGAGCCAGUGGGUCUCGAAGCACGUCGGGGAGAAUCCGGUCCUGGCGAGGACCGGGGGGCCGCUCAUCGCGCGCGGGGUGCGCGGGGCGGCGGUGGCGAUGCUGUGGCACUCGGGGUACGCGGCCGCCGCGCAGCGGAUGGCGGCGGCGCUGGCCGCGGCCCCGCCGGCGGCGCGGUCGCGGGUAGACUCCCAGGUGCCGCCGUACUUCCUGCUGGAGACGUGGAGGAAGGCCGCCGGGCUCAAGUCCUGGGCGAAGAGCCGGAGGGACCGGGGCACUCCUUACGAGGCCACCGCCGCCGACCUCGCCCAGCACUGCCGCUUCCUGCUGUCCCUGCACCCGGCCACCGGGGACAGGCACGCCGAGCGGCUGUCCCUGGUGACCGGGUUCCUGAAGGGCGGGGUGGACCUGUGCAGGCUGCGGGCGUCGCAGAUCGCCGCGGACGAGCGGGCGAGGCGGCGGGCGGCGGGGCUGAGGGCGCUGCGGUCGCUGCUGGGCUCGACGGGUCGGGAGGGGUCUUCCGGGGUCAAGGCGGCGCUCCUGCUCUACGUGCCGCCGGCGCUGCGCGGGGUGCUGCACGGGCUGGCCGCACUCGGACCGGACCCUAUUGCCCUCCAGAUGGCGCGCGAGGCGGCUGCAAGAGCGUCGCGGCCCGGCGGGGGUACGGGGAUGGGCCUUCUCAUGGGCCAGUACCUCGACUCCCGACCGUUACCGGGGGGUCACUACCUGGCGGGGCUAGCUGGGUGCCCCCGGUACACUGCGCAAGAGGUGCGGGGAGCGUUCGAGAAGCUCUACUCCUUCUUGGCGGGCGAGCUCGAGACCGCCGCGCAGCAGGGGGACACCCCGCUGCAGUUCGCCCUCAUGGACGCCUGGGGCGUGGAGGUGCACGAGGAUGACCACGACCUGCUCGCUCGCGUGCGGAUAUUCAACAUCCUGCAGGAAAUCCUCGACUCCACCAUCAAGCACUCCCCGGACGGAGGGCCAUCCACGGUGAUGGACACCCGGCCGGCGGCGGCUACGACGCGCGGGACGGCGGCGGCGGCGGCGGCGGCGGCAACGGGGUCGGCGGCGCUCCUCUUGCCUCCGCAGGAGGCCUCCGUGGACACCCUCUCGGCGGAGCAGCAGCGAGACGACGCCACCGCGCCUUCGGAAGCGACGGCCGCGUCGGACCGCGCGGAGGAAGGGGACGGCGACCGGCGCGACGAGGACGAGGACAAGAUGGCGUUGGCCAUGGCGACGGCGGCGGCGGCGGAGGAGCUGGCGGCCGCGGAGUCGCACUCGCUGACGCAGGGCGCCAUGAAGCUGGUCUACCUUCUGGCCAUCCAGGUGGCGACCUCCGGCGAAGAAGCAGCCGGCGGCGGCAGCGGUAUCUCCGCGUCGGACCACUCCGCCCCGGGACCGUUCAGGGCGCCUCAGCUGGUGCGCGCUCGCUCGGGUCCCGCGACUCUCUCCCACGCGGUCUUCGAGAUGCUGUACGUGCAGCUGCGGAAUGUGUUGGACGAAGGUGGUGAAAGCGGCACCGCUGAGGACGGGCUCGAUGAGAAGGAGGAGGAAGAGAAGGCGGUGUUCGAGCGGCUUGCGGACAUGCGGGACGACAUUGGGUGCCUCAAGCUUAGCCGCGAGCUGCAGGUACUGGUAUCGGAGGUUACGAUGCUUCUCCUCUGCGUGUCUUCGACUGACCCUUGCCGUAGCCUGCUCUCCCAGCCCCGUUGGAUCGCCGUCCUGCUCGGCCUCCUCCGGCUGGGCCCCCCUUAUGCCCAACGCCGCGCCCUGCGGCUGCUGCGCCGACUUCUCCCGCACUGCGACCCGGAGUCCCUGGCGGAGAAGGACGACGGUGCCGUUGCCGCGGACGGCACUGAUUGGUCAAUCGUGACCAUCGUCAAAGAGUCCAAGGCGGGCGCUGUGUCUUCGUCCUCGCCGCCGCCGGCGGGGAGCGAUGCAGGCGUCAGCGACGGCAUCGGCGAGACCGGGGAGACGGCGAGGGCGCUCGGGAAGGCGGCAACGGCGGCGGCCGGCGGCGGAGGCGGUCCUUCUCCCAUGGUCCGCGUGACCAGCCUGAGCAACUCCGUGCACGCGGACCUCAUCCCCGCCAGGAGCCUCCUGUGCUUCUUCCUCGACGCCAUCGGGGGCUCAUACCAGGCGGCGCCCCGUCCGGAGUGGCUCUGCGACCCGGACGCCGACGGGAGCAGCUCGCCGUCGGGCGGCGGCGGUGACAGCAGAGGUUCGGACGGGACCAUGCGCGACCUCAGGUCGUGGUUCCGAGGCCAGACCGGCGGCGGCGGCGGCGCGGCGGCUGCGGGGUCGUCUGGGCGAGAGGAAGACCGGAGCGCGUGGGCGUUCUCGCAGCUGGAGGGCCCCCUGGUGUGCGAGUCCGUGUCCCUCCUGAGGACGCUCCUGCAGACGUCGGCCUGGGGGGAGGUCACGGCGACCCUUCUGCAGGACGCCGUCCAGCGAGGGAACUCGUGCCUGCGGCUGCUCGCCAGGGAGGCCGCCGACAAGGCCGAAGCAGCGGCGGUCGUCGCCGCCGCUCCCCGCCCCCCGGCGGCGGCAGCGGGCACGGCGGAGGCUGGAAAGGCCGCUGCUGCUGCGACGGAAGGCUCGACCGAGCUCUCUUCUUCGCCGACCCCGGAGGUUGCGGGCGAUGCCACGGCGGAGGGCACGCCGCCGCUCGCGUCGCCGCCGCCGCCGCCGCCGCCGGUCGUAACAGCGGCGGCGGUCACGAAGCCCCCGGUGCCGCCGACGUCGGACGGGAGGGCGCCGCCGUUGGCCGGUGCGUCUGCCCCGCCGAGCACCACGGGCACGCUGCUGAGGACGCUCGGGGCGCUCUCGGUCCUGGGCGGCCACGUGGACGUCCUGUAUCCCGGGGCUUGCGCCGAGAUCAUGCCCCUCGACUACGCGUCGCGCUCGAGCGGGGGGGGGUCCCGCAGCGGUGGCCGCGGCUCGGGGGGAUCUUCCGGGUGGGGAGCGCGAAUGGGGCGCAGCAUAUUCGGCCUGUCCGGCCUCGAGCGCAUGGUGAACGCGGCCGGUGGCGGAGACAGGAGGAGCCGGGGUGGCGGCGGCGGCGGCGGCGGGGGCGGGGGCUGGGGCACGUCCGGCGGCAGCUCGUCCAGCUCGGUUUUGCUCGAGGGCGGCGACAGCGGCGGUGCGGCGGGAAGCGGCGGCGGCGGCAGCAGCGGCGGUGGAAGCGGCGGCGGGGGCGACGCGCGCAAGCCUCGUGUCGUGCCUCUUGACUGCCUGCAAGCGGUGCCGAACGUGCCGGUUCGGCCGGGGACGCUGCCGCCGGGCCUGGCCGAGCGCAUCCUGGAGACCCUGACGCUCUGGUGCUUGGACAAGGGGCUCAACGCGGCCUUCUCGGAACGGCUCUCCCCAACGGCGAUACCGUUUGUGCCGACGACGCCCGUGGCGGCCGGCAGUCCCCCGCGGCCGGGUGGCGGCGGCCGCAGCCACCGGGGGAAGGGCGACGGCCUGACGGACGUGCUGUCGACGGCGGUGCUGGACCGACACCUGCUGCUCGGUCUGGUCCGGUGCCAGGCGGCGAAGGCCGCGCAGACGCUGCUGCUCCACCCACAGACCGCGGCCGACUUCGCCAAGGCGGCGUCGGCGCCGGCGACUGGCAGGAAGUCCAAGGGAGGGGCCGGGGCCGUGCUGCUGGAGGUGGCGUCCGGCGUAUGCUCCUCGGCGGGUCUCGGGGACGUCGGCGCAAUGGAGGAGCUCGUGGCCAUGCUGCUGUCGCACUGGCAGUUUUCGGUGCUGGACGAGCGGUCGAAGAGAGUUCAAGAGGCCAGGGAUCACGCACGGCAGAAGGCACGCGCUGCCAAGCAAGCGCUCAUCGCCGCGGCGGAGGCCGAGGUUAGGGCGUCUGCGAGCGGUGGUCAGCCCGGAGGAGCCGACGAAGGACAGCGCGGGGCAGACGCCGCCGGCUCUAGCGGGCCGGGCGCGGGGGACGGCGUGACGGGGGGGAUGCCUCCGUCGGCUAGAGACGGCGCGGACGAUGCCGCACACGCCGCUGCGCAGGCGGAGGAAGAGGAGCAGCAGCAGCAGGAGGCUGAGGAAGAGGUCAACCCCCUCACGGCCCACAUGGCGGAGAUGGGUUUCCCCAUCCACUGGUGCGAGCGUGCCCUCGCGGAGACCGGGGACGACAUCGAGGCCGCCCUCAACUGGAUCCUCUCCAACGGCGAGCUCCUGACCGUCGAAGACUCGCUGCGGGAAAGCAUCCAGGCACAGUCCCACGCGGCGGCGGAGGUUACCGCUGCCGAGGCGGCGAGGGCGGAGGCGGCGGCGGCAGCGGUGGCCGCGGACGCCGAGGUGGCUGCCGCCGUGGCUGAGGCCGGCGGCGGCGGUGGCGAGACGGCGCAAGGUCGGGACGGCGAGGGCAACGGCGGCGGAGGCGGAGGCGGAGGCGGAGGCGGCGGGGAAGGGGGAGAAGGACAGGGAGACGUCGGAAACGCGGGGCAAGAGCAGAGCGAGCAUCUCGCAAGUCGGGUGACGAUAGAGACCUUGAUGGCUCUCGACGACUCGGAGCGGGGAGCCGGAAGCGGCGAGAUCGCUGCCUCUUCGUCCAACCAGGGGACGGAGCCCGGCUGGCCCCGGGUGUUCCACUGCGACCUCAACGAGCAGGCGGAGCUCCCCUUGCUCGCGGAGCCCAGGCUUGGCGCAGAGCAGGUGGGAGGCCUGUACGCCGGCGAGGAGAUUACCGCCGUCGGGCAGCAGGGAGACUGGCUGCACGUCCGCCUGUAUGAGGAGGACGAGGACGAGGACAACGAUGAUGGAGAUGAGGACGAGGACGACAGCCACGACGACGACGAGGACGACGAGGACGACGACGACCAAGACCAAGACCACCGCUACUCAGAGGGAGACGACGGCCGCAGGGCCCGCGAUGGCGGCGGCCGAAACCGUCGGAACCUGGACGGAGAGAUCGUCUCCUGCGGGCGGUGCAACGCGGAGCACUUGCAGGAGCCUCUGGUGUGGGCCCUGCGGCGGACGGCCGGGCGCGAAUAUCUCCGUCCGGGUCCGUGCCUCGAGUCUUCCGGGUUGGGAUGGGACGGCCUAGACGUGGACCGGCUGCCCCCGCCGGUUGACCAGGCCGGGCCUAGGCCUGGCCCCGGUCAGCGCGGGUCGACCGAGGUUGCGGUCCUCGGCGAGGGCACGGAGCUGCUCGUGACGGAAGAGCUGGAGUACCGAAGCGGGGAGGUCUGGCUGCGCCUGUCGGCACCAGUGGAGGGUUGGGUCGCCAAGCGCGGGAGUUCCCUCGUGGCGUUGAGAGGAUCGGCGGCGGCGGCGGCGGCGGUGGCGGCGGCCUCCGUCAACGGCGGCGGGAGCAGCGGCGGGCGGAGUCAGGACAGCGGCGAGGGCGGCGAGGUCGCGGACGUGGCGCUGGCGAAGGAGCUGGAGGACUGCAUGGAGGAGGAGGCCGGCACCGAGCUCUACCGGCGAGACGACAGGCUCUUCGGAUCCCGCCAGGGGUGGCGGCUUCCUUCCGGAGGUGACUCCGGCCUGGGGCUGGCGGACGGCCGCGGCAGCGGAGGAGACGCGACCCGCAGGGCCGACUCCCGGGUGCCCGGGGAUCGGAGGGCAAGCGUGGUGGGCCACGCGAGCGUUUCGGGCUGCUGGGCGGCGAUGGCGACGUUGUCGGCCUCGGCCGCCAAGCAGAAGAUCGCCAGCACGGCCGCGACCCUGGCGGUGCUGCACUGCCGAAAGAUCCUGCUCACGGUGCUGCUGCAGUCCCACAGGGACGUGGUGGCGCAGACGGCGGAUAGGGGGGCGGCGGCUGCCGACGCCCUGCUGUCCCAGCGCGUUGCGGCCCUGGUCGGGGUGCGGGACUCGCCGUUGCCGGCGGUGGGUGGGAAGGCCGGCGGCAGCGGCGAGGUUGUUGCCGCUUCGCCUCGAGCCUCGUCGACGUCUCUGAGGACAAGGGCGGCCUCUCGGCAGUUCUCUUCGUUCCUGCAGCUCGUGCUCUUCCGCGGGUGGCACCCCGGCUGGUGGCCCCUGGCCGACAACAGCAGCGGCCGCUGGAGCGAGAGUCUCGAGGCGGGCGAGGCCGGAGCUGGGGGGCGGCGGGAGGACGGGGAGGAGGAGGAUGAGAACCGCGGCGUCCUCGACGACAAGGAGCCGAUGCCCGAGUGCUUCCGUUCGCUGCCGGUUGUAAUCACGCCGGUCGUUCUGUCCCUCAUACGGGCCGCCGCGGCCCAGAAAGCCGCGGCCAGCCCUCCUGCUCACUCCAGCCCGAAAUCGCCUGGGACCAGCAAGGGGUUGGGUCUGGGCCAACCAUCCCGCUCCUCCCUGCAGCUGCAGCAGCAGCAGCCGUUCGGCGCUUACGUGGAAGAGGCGAUCCUGCAGUCGGUGGCGAGCCAGCUCCGCCUGGCCACGCGGAUCGGCCACGGGGACCACGCGUGGGCGCCGUCCGACGCGUCGGAGCUGAGCGACUCCCACUGCCUCCGGUACCCCCGGCUGCGGUACGUGAACUGGGCCGCCCGCGUGGUGCAGGCCGGCUCGGGCGCGCCGACCGUCCCGCGCAGGAUCUUCCGCGCCUGGGCGACGGCGCUGCGGUCGCCAUCCCUCCCGGUGAAGCAGCAGGUGUGCGCGGAACUGAGCCGGCUGUUGGACGAGGCCGUCCAGGCGGUUGACCGCGCCCACCGUGCGGAGGCGGGGCCGUCAUCCGCUCCAGCGGCGGUACGCGCCGUCACCGCCGCCGGUGGUGGUGGCGAGAGCUCUGCCGUCUCGUCGGGUGAGGCGGUGCGCCUGCAGCGAGCGGCCGUGCUGAAGCGCCUCCGCCAGUGCGUCGAGAUCCUGCCGCUGGAGAGGCUACGGUCGUUGGCGGAGAGGCGCAUGCUCAAGGAGGGGGAGGACGAGCCGAUGCUGUCCCGGGCCCUGCAGUCCAUUGUGGACCUGGUGUCCUCCGCGGAGCUGGCCUUGCGGGUGCUUCGAGAGCACGACCAGGUGGCGGCGGCGGCGGCGGCGACAGACGAAGGAGAGGGCAAGCGACCGCAGGAGAAGGCCGACGACGCCGUAGCUACUGCUGAGUCGCCGGUCGUCGGAGGCACGGACGGCGUUCCUCCUCCGCAGACGGCGGCGGCGGCGGCGGCGGCGGCGGGGCGAUCGGUGCUGUGCUUCCCUUCACCCGCGGCAUACGUGUCGCUGCAAGGCCGGGACCUGGAGCCGCCGUGGACGGCGGAGUUCUGGCUCCUGCGGCCGAACCCCGAUGGGACGUGGGAAGACGGCGACGAAGCGACCGGGGAGCCCGCGGCAGACGCCGCCUGCAAGAAGGAGAGCGAGGGAGACGACGACGAUGAUGAUGAUGCGGAGGAAGAGAAGGGAGAGCGGUCCUGCUCGAUCCGGCCGCUGGAGCUUGGCCCGUCGGUGGCGCUCGCCGUCGCCGCCCCCCCGCGCGGCAUCCGCAAGGCCUUCAGCGAGCGGCUGCCGCAGCCCCCGCCCGCGACCGUGUCCAUGGCGCGCGCGUCCAGCACUCCGUCGUCCUCGGUGGACCUCACCCACCUGCCCCCCAUGGACUCCGCCAACGGGGCCCCCUCGCUCGCCCGCACGCGGUCCGCGGACGCCGUGGGGCAGGACGAGGAAGACGGGAGGGCCGCCGGGGCGCUGAACACCGACGAGUUCCCCCCUCUGCCGCGCCCCUUGCGCCCAGGCGCUGCCGCGGGCGCCGGCGGCCGGCGGAGUUCCAACCGUCCGCACCAACAGGGCCGGAGAAGUCCCGUCGAUGCCGCUGCUGCGGAAUGCUCGGACGAGGGAGACGGCCUCUUUUCGGCGUUCAGUCCUGGCUUGGCGGCAUCGGCUCCUGUUGUCCCCGGUGCCUUUAGCCGCCGUCGAGUUGGGAAGGCCUCGCGGCAUAUGAGAGAAGUGCCACCCCCACCAGCCGCGCCAGCGGCCACCGGCGGCGGCGGUGCCGGGCAGGAGAUCUUCCGGCCGGCGUGGAUGUCGCCGCCCGGGGCCGCCGGUGGCCGCGGCGGAGACGGACGCGGGCCGGGAAGCCCGAAGCAGGCCGACCCAACGGCGGGGGGAGCCGACGGCGUCGCGAGCAACGAGUCGGCGGCGGCGCGCAAGGGCGAGAUCGGGACGGAGCCGGCGGAGUACCUGGCUUCCUCUCAGGCCGGACACAUCAGGCUCCAGGCGGGGGGCACGGUGUACUCCGACUCUGUGGUCGGGGAGAUCAAGAUGGACGGGCCGCCGCCGGCUUCUUCCAAGGAAGAGAAGAGCGGGGACGGCGGCGGCGACGAAGCAGGGGAGAAGAGGAGCACGGUCCACUCCGAGGCUCUCUGCGUGUCCCUGGGCGCAGCCGGGGAGAAGGAGCGGGCGUUCGACUUCGUGGUGCCGACCGGGCGGUGGGUGCACCUGGCCAUCGUGGCGUCCUCGGUGGCGGAGGCGAGGACGACGUUGUAUGUCGAUGGGGCCGCCGUGGACACCAUGCCCGUGCGCAUGUCGCUGCCCAUGGGCUGCCUCGGCGCCGGCCCGCACGCGCAGGAGGCCUCGGCGGCGGCGACCGGAGGCGGCUCUUUCAUCGGGUUGCUCGCGCAGACGAGAUACUGGCGGCAGGCGAGGACUCCCGGAGAGAUCCUGCGGGACCUGCGGAGGGACGUGUCGGGCAUGGACGGGCUCGUCGGCCUCUGGGGCUGCGACGAGGGUCAGGGAUCCUCCCUCACGGACUGGACGGACAACCACGCGUGCUGCCUCGGCAGGGGGGGUACCGAGUGGGUCGACGUGCCCCGCGGGGCCCCCGUGGGCCCCGUGAGGGGGCACGGGCGGUGGGAGCUCCUGGCCGCGGCGGGGCUCCGGCCCGACGUGGAAGAGCAGGGGGUUCCGGGGGAGGAGGAGGGAGGAGGAGGGGAUUGUGAAGGGGGCACGGCGGACGCGGCAGAGAAUGCCGGCGGCGGUUUCGGCUGGGGCAGCGAGGGCGACGGCGUCAUCGAGAUGACCGGAACCUUCACCAGGAACGCCAUCGCCGGGGUCGAGGGGAUCUGGAUGCGGGCUAGCACCCAGGUCGUGACCCUCCGUUUCCGACGCUCGGCCGCCGCCGCCGCCGCCGCCGCCGGCGACGGUCCGGCAGCAGCAGCAGGAGGAAAAGGAGGAGGAGGAGGCACGCCCGUCGAAGGGAGCGUGGAUUGGCCGGAGGAGCAAGCUUCUGCCGAGUUCCGGGGUAGAAUUUUCGCGGAAACUUCUUCUUCUUCGCCUUCCGCGAAGUCGGUGCCGGGUGCCGCCGCCGCUGCCUCCGCUGUGCUUACCCUAGAGGGCAAGGUGGGGGAAGUGUUCCAGGGGGCACCGGAACGCGUCGGCUGGGCUGCGGGCGCGGAGAUCCGGGGAACGUUCUGCAAGGACGGCACGGACGGGACGAUUAAGGGCAAGUGGUCGGCGAAGGCGGUCGCCACGGCCUUAGAGCCCCUCCAACCCGGCGGCAUGCGCCUCAACGUGGGCCUGCUUCCCGACCGGCUGUUGGCGGCGGAGGGGAACAAUCCCGGCGGAGGGGGAGGAGGUGGCGGGGGGCGGUCUUCCGGCGCAGGAAGCGGUUCGGGCACGGAUCUUGCGAUGGGGUCCUCGUGCAGAUCCGUGUGGGUGGUCGGGGGCGGGGGGAACGACGGCGGCCUGAGCGCGGCCGGCCGCGGCUUCUCCGCGCUCAACGCGGGCCUGCCGUCACAGUCUGGCCCGCUGAUCGCCACCGUCGAGGUCCACCCCGAACCUCCAUCCGCCGCCGACUUCCCCGAUCCGGCCUCCUGGGACGCGGCGACAGCGAUGACGGCGUCGGCGACGGAGGAAAGAGCCGCGGGCACAGAUGGUACCGCUGCCGCUACUGCUACGGGUUCAUCCUCUGGCGGCGUGUCUGGUGCCGGUUCGGCGGAACCCGGCAGCAGGAGACUGGUCGUUGCCGAGGCACCCUCCGUCGCGGGCGAGGGCUACCAGACCGGCAAGUGGCUCUGGGAGUGGCACAUCGUGUCGUGCGGCAACCGGGCCAGCGUGGGCGUGUGCCGUCGCGACGUCGCCGCCAUAAGCGCCGCCGGCGUCCCGCUGCAAGGAGCCGGGGGCGGCGGCGCCGGUGACCGCGCGGACCUGUGGCUGUACCGCUCGGACGGAAACCUGUCGCACGGCGGAGAGUCGACGGAGCGGAUGUGCCCGGGGGGCGGGUUCGACAGCGGCGACGUUGUCGGAGUGGAGCUGGACGCCGACGCCGGAACGCUGGCGUUCUUGAAGAACGACGCCUACGUGGGCGGGCAGUUCAAGAUCGACCGCCGGUCGGAGGGAGACGACAGCGGCGACGGCGAGGGAGGCCGGGGGCUUUUCCCCUGCGUGUCACUCCGCGCGAGCGGGGACGCGGCCGUCCUGCUGGGGCUCAACCCUGAAGAACCAUCUUCGUCGCCGUCCGGCACCGCGGAAGACCCGGCCGCCGCCGCCGCCGCCGCCGCCGCGGCCGAGCCAUUGCCGGGCGCCGAGGCGGGCGAGGGUUCCUCCGGGGAGACUGCUGCGGACGGUACGGCAGCGGCGGAAGGAGCUUCGUCCAACAGCGGCGCGUCUGCUGACGCUGCUGCUGCGUCGGCGUCGCCGCCACCGCCGCCGCCACCUCCGCCGUCGCCUCCGCCAGCGGCGGCGGUGUCGACGGCGCUGCCGACCCCGCCGUUCUACCCGACGUACUUCCACGGGGAGUUCGUCAACGGACUCAAGCACGGGCCGGGCGUGCUGAGGCUGAGCGGCAAGGGCGGGUACUGGAGGGGGAAGUGGUUCCAAGGGUUGCAGCACGGGGUUCACCUCCUGGUAGGGCUGCCUUCGAAGAAGGGUCAGGCGGAGGAAGACGGGAGCCCGACCGCUUGGCUGUUCGACCGCGGGGUCAAGAUCCGGGAAGCGACGAAGGAUGAGGCGAAGGUCCCCCUGCAGGAGUGGCGAGCGCUCAUGGUGAUCAGACGGGCGGAGCGGCAGGCCCGCGAGAGUGCCAGCAAGAAGUCCGGCGGCAGCGGCGACGGCGGCGGGGGCGGGCCCGGCGGGUCCGACGGAAAGGGCGGCGACGGAAAGGGAUCUCACGGCGGCGGUGGUCGAAGGUCGAAGCACGCGGGGAGAAUGAGCAGCCGGCGCAAGAAGUACCGUCGGAACGAGUUCCAGCAGAUGCAGCAGCAGGAGGCGGAGGAGCAAGAGCAACUCCUGCUGCUGCAAGAAGCCGUUCGCCAGACGAGGAGCGUCGGCGGCGCCAGCGGCAUCCUGGGCAGCAGCGCCGAAGCCCUGCAGAUCCUCCAGGCCCUGACCGCGGGUGACCCGCACAGGGUGGGGCUGAGCGCCGGGCCGAGGGCGGUCGCGGCGACUGACGGCGGGGACUCGGAGGAAGAGGAGGAGGAGGAGGAGGAGGAGGAGGACGAGGAGGAGGAGGAAGACGAGGAGGAAGACGAGGAGGAGGACGAGGACGAGGAGGAAGAGGAAGAUGAAGACGCAAGGCUAGCGGUGGUGGAGUCUGCCGGGGAGGUUCGCGACAUGAUGGCGCGGCUGGAGGAGAGGGCCGAAGCCAUGGAGGCCAUGGGGGCCCGCGACCGUCGGGACGGGGAAGGGAAGGAAGGAGGGGGCGCCGGCGGCGGUCGAGGCAACCUUGUCGUCAUCGAGGACGACGAGGGCGAAGAGGAGAACCACGAGUACCUUAUCGUCAGCAGGGGCGAGUCCAAGGAGGAGACCUCUCAGGCGGAGGAAAAGGGCGGCGAGGUCUCGGGCGACGUCUCCAAGGUCUUGCCGCCAACCGGCGGCCUCAGGCGCGAGGGCGGCUCAGCCAAGGCGGUGGCAGCGGCAACUGCCAAGGCGGCGGCGGCGGCGGCAGCGGCAUCGGGAACCAAGGUAGGCGGGGACAAGCACCCCGACAUCGUCCCCGGGGAGUACCUGCUCAAGGUCGUGUACAGCAAGGGCGCGACCAUGCGCGACGGGGUGGAGAUCGACCUGGCCGCGGUCGUCGGCAACCUGCCCUUCGGGAGCACGGUCGUUGCCACCGCCCGGGUUAUAUGCUCGUGCGGGAUCCCCCGCUUCAAGACCCGGAGGGGCUGGAUAAGCGAGUGGCUACGGGGCGGAGAGAACGAGCUCGUCGUCGAGCUGCUGCACCACAAGCCCAGGGAGCCCAUCCGGUACCAGGUCAUCUGCAUGGGGGGCGCGAUGGUGAGAGAGACGGCCAGCAUCAGCGGCAGGGAGGCGAAGGGCGGGGGCUGCAAGAAGGGGACCAUGGUGAGCGUCGCCGAGCGGCUGCGGCUGCCGGACGGCACGAUGCGUCUCCGCGUGGUGGACCCUCCCGAGAAUGUGGGGUGGAUCUCGGAGAAGGACCACAUCGUCCGGCGAGAGGUGUCCGAAGCGGAGGAAGCCCUGACCGCCGAGGCCGUCCGUCGCGAGAGCAUCCUCGACAAGCGCCGGAAGGCGCGCCUCCGGGAGCGGCGCGAGGUCGAGCGGCGCGAGACUCUUAAGGCCGCCGGCCGACUCGUAGACGUCGAGGUCACCGGCAACUUUGCGGCGAGCGCGCGGUGCCUGUUCCUCUUCGACCGCGCGCGGAUGACCGGAGGAGUCAGCCUGUCGUCAGACCUCGGGACCGCCGCGUGCACCGUUUCCGGGAACAGGGGAAUGGUUCUCGGGAGCCGGGGGUUCCGCGCCGGGCUGCACUACUGGGAGGUCAAGGUCGACCGCUCCAACUGGGGAAGCGUGUUCCUGGGAGUUGCUCCGCGGCAUGCCUCUACGUGGAACGGGUACGGCUUCCUGAACUACCGCGCGUGCCAGGCGUACGGGUCGGAGAUCAUUUACGGGGCGUACUAUGCUGCUGGGGACCGAGUGGGAGUCCUCCUAGACAUGGACCGGGGCACCGUCUCGUUUGUCAAGGACGGGGACGACUUCAACAUGGGCCGUCCGGUCGUGGUGAACAUGGGCAUCGCCUACCACCACCUCCGCCGCGUGGGGCGGACCGACGCUGCCGGCCACCACGGCCUGGCCAUGUACCCUUGCUUCGGCGUCAAGAGCCUCGGCGACCAGAUGACCAUCGGCGGGCAGAAGUGGUUCAGCCGGAGGGGGCUCGGGCACGCGAGGCGGGUUCGACAGGCGGUGGACGCUAUCGUCGCCGCGCGGGAGCUCCGGCGGUCCAUCGUCGCCGGCGCCCCGCCCCCGCAGUCCCUUGUGGACGGCGCCCGCCGCCGCUACUCCAAGUGGCGGAGGGGCCGGUUCAGCGCCUUCCCGUCGCGGGCCGGGGUGUCCUGCGAGGUGGACGUGACCCACGCGGCGCUCCAGCUGGCCGCGGGAGGCGUUGCCGACGACUUUGGUGGAAUCCGGGUGGGGCAGCGCGUGGAGACGCCGUACGGGGAGGGGAGGGUGCUGGGGUCCCUGCGGGCGGACGUGUGGUUCGUCCUGGAUGGGGAUGACUCAGGGGCGUGGUACUGGACACGGGAGGAGCUGUCGGACCUGCUCAACAGCGAGGCUGCUGCCACCACCGGCGGUGCCCCCGCCGCGCCUUCGCAAGGAGACGGCGCCACUGCCGCUGCGGCCGCUGCGGUGCCGCCGGUGUCUACGAGCGAGUCGAAGGAAGAAGAAAAGGUCGCAUCGACCGGCGCCGCUGGUACGGCGGACGAUUCCACCGCGGCAGCGGCGGCAUCGACAGCGGAGGUACCAGCGGCGGCGGCGGCGGCGGCGGCGGCGGGACCCACGACAACGGCAGCACCGCCGUGCGGGUCGCGGGAGUUCGCCGCCCUCGCCACCGAAGGCUGGGGGUCCCUGGCCCUCGACGAUGCCCUGGUGCGCGUCGCCAACGUCGUCGCCGGCCGCCGCGGGGUGCCCCCGUCCCACCUCUCGGAGGCGCAGCUGUCGGAGGCGGUGGAGGCGGCCGGGCCGGGGCUCGGCGGCCCCGCCCUCGCCAGCAUGAGCGCGGAGAAGCUAGGCGCGCGACUGAUGCUGCUCGUGGAGCUGAACGCGAGGCUGUCGGUGGCGCUGCCGCUGCUGGACCUGUCGCGCGAGAGCCGGGCGCCGCUGGCGGUGACGAAGAACGACCUGCAGCGGGCCGCCGACGUGCCCGGCGUGUCGGUCGGGGUCCGGAGCCCGUCGGGGGCGGCGGUGGCCGACCUCAGAGGGCUGCUGUUCACGCAGAUGAAGAUGAGCUACUGGAGCGAGGUCGUGCAGGAGACGACUACCUUCACGCUUCCCAACCCGGAUGAGUACGAGCGGCCGGAGGAGAUCCGCGAGAUCGAGGUCAACCGCGUCAAGGCUCGGAGCAUGGCGGUAGAGGCCGACGCUCUCAACUUCGGCGACAAGCUUCGGGCGUCUCUGCUUGGCCAGCUGAACGAGGCCAUGUCGGAUUGGGAGGACCGGGACUUGAGGCGAAGCUUCGUCCACAUGCAGGAUGCUGGCCAACCGCGGGCCUUCUACGUGCGCUUCAAGGGGGAAGGGGUCGACGACCACGGCGGGCCCUACCGCGCGGUGUUCCAGACCGCCAUGGGCGAGGAGCCCUCGGGGCUGCUCGGCCUCCUCACCCCGUGCCCCAACGGCCGCAACCGCUUCGGCCCCAACCAAGACAAGGUGCUGCUGGACCCACGCACCCCGCCGACGGCGGCAGCGGCGGCAAGCGGCGGGGGCAGUACGGGAGGAGUAGCGGCGGCGGCGGCGGCCGCGGGGGGAGGAGGUCCAGACCCCGCCCGCUUGUCCCUGUUCCACCACAUGGGGCGGCUGCUGGGGGUGGCCGGGCGCCACCGCAUCCACGUCCCGCUGGCGCUGCCGUCCCUGGUGUGGAAGCCGCUGGUCGGGGCCACCCUCGGGGCGGGAGACCUGGAAGCGGGGGACAAGAUGCUUGGCCAAGGGGCUGGACGACAUCGUCGCCGGACGCGGCGGCGGGCGGUGCGCGCGGUGGAGCAGCUGCGGCUGACGAGCGGGUCCCGGUGCCUGGAGUCGCUGUACCAGGGGCUGGCGGGGGUCCUCCCCGUCGAGCUGCUCGGGGUGUUCACCGCGGCGGAGGCGGAGGCGUUGUUCUGCGGGGUGCCGGAGGUGGACGUGGACCUCCUGCAGCGCGCGACCGAGUACGAGGGGGUGCGGCCGACGGACCCCCACGUGGGGUACUUCUGGCAGGCGCUGAGGAGGAUGGGCCGCGAGGACCGGUCCUCGUUCGUGAACUUCUGCUCCGGGCGGAGCCGCCUGCCGGGGUCGGCCGCCGAGUUCGCGAUGAACUUCAAGCUGACCGCGCCGCACAGGGACUACGACGACCCGGACGAGUACCUGCCGAUCGCCCAGACGUGCUUCUUCAGCCUCGCCCUGCCCAAGUACAGCUCCGUGGAGGUGUGCCUCGAGAAGCUGAGGUACGCCAUCAAGAACGCCGACCUCAUGGACGCGGACUACCUCGUGAGGUCCGCGGACGGCUGGGAGAACCUCCGGUGA